AGGGAGACUGGGACAGGCGGGGAAGCCGGAGGAGGAGGGUAGCUGGGCACCGCCCGCGAGUGGCUAGACUGGUGCUGCAACCACGUGGCUGAUAGGGCCUUGGUCCUGGCAAGCUUGUCUCGGCAAGACCUGUGGCGGCGGAUCUUCCAGGCCACUGGGGAUCCGGAUUCAGUUCAUCAGAUGUUUCCUAAGCUGCUCCUUUCCUACUCUGUGCGGGUCCCCCGAGCUCGUUGCAGGAACUCAGAUUGUGGCCAUGGCUGCUGAGUCGGAUGUUCUGCACUUCCAGUUUGAACAGCAAGGAGAUGCAGUCUUGCAGAAAAUGAAUCUCUUGAGACAGCAGAAUUUAUUUUGUGAUGUGUCCAUUUAUAUUAAUGACACUGAGUUCCAGGGACACAAGGUGAUUUUAGCAGCUUGCUCCACUUUCAUGAGAGAUCAGUUUUUACUCACGCAGUCAAAACAUGUCAGAAUCACCAUCUUGCAGAGUGCAGAAGUUGGCAGAAAAUUGUUGCUCUCUUGCUAUACUGGAGCACUUGAAGUUAAAAGGAAAGAGCUUUUGAAAUAUUUGACUGCUGCUAGUUACCUUCAGAUGGUUCACAUUGUGGAAAAGUGUACAGAAGCUUUGUCAGGAUAUCUGGAAAUUGAUCUUUCUAUGAAAAACAACAAUCAACAUACUGACCUUUGUCAAUCUUCUAACCCAGAUGUUAAGAAUGAAGAAGAAAAUGCAGAUAAAGACUGUGAGAUAAUCGAAAUUUCAGAAGAUAGUCCUGUAAACAUAGAUUUACACGUUAAAGAAGAGGAAAGCAAUGCUUUACAGUCUACAGUGGAGAGCUUGACAUCAGACGGGCAGGAAAUGAAGUCACCAGAGCUGUCUUCAGUUGAUAUAGGUUUUAAAGACAAUGAAAUUUGUAUCCUCCAUGUGGAAUCUAUCAGUACUGCCGGUGUAGAAAAUGGGCAGUUUUCACAGCCUUGCACUGCCUCAAAAGCAAGCAUGUAUUUCUCUGAAACACAGCACUCACUGAUCAAUUCUACAGUUGAAAGCAGAGGGACAGAAGUUCCUGGGAAUCAAGAUCAGGGCUCAUUUUGUGGGAACACUGAAGGAAGUCAUGGUACAGCGAAUGAGAUUCAGAAUAUGGAGGAUGUUUAUUCACUGAGGCACCAGUGCCCCAGGUGUCCACGAGGAUUUCUUCAUGUUGAAAACUAUCUGCGCCACCUUAAGAUGCAUAAACUGUUCUUGUGCUUACAGUGUGGGAAAACAUUUACACAGAAGAAAAACCUCAACCGGCACAUUCGGGGGCACAUGGGCAUACGGCCCUUCCAGUGUACUGUGUGCUUGAAGACAUUUACUGCUAAAAGCACUCUGCAGGACCACUUGAACAUACAUAGUGGGGAUCGGCCAUACAAAUGCCAUUGUUGUGACAUGGAUUUCAAGCACAAAUCUGCUCUCAAAAAGCACGUAACCUCUGUCCAUGGCCGAAGCAGCAGUGAAAAGCUACCCAUUCAUGAUCUCAAAAAGCAAAAUCUAUUAUAAUUAGAAUCAUACCUUGCUAUGGGAGCCAGAUAUUAUUCUGUUAGGCAAGUCUUUCUAUAGAAAUGCAGCAUUUUGUAACAUUGCAUUUCCUUCUCAUCUUUGGUUCUUAUUUUUGGUCUAUUUACACUAUUCUUUCUCAACUUACACUACAACUUCUGAAGUGGGAGGCAUGAUAAAGCUGAUGGAAUGCUAUCUCAUCUCAUACAUCAUAUAUAAAUCCCAGUGGUAUACCUAGAGAAAUACUUUUCUUAAAUAUUCUUGAUUCUAGUGACAGAAGAUCCAGCAGUAUUUCUAUAUUUGGGUUUUGAGUCUCUAGGUAAUUGAAGGAAGUGUAAAAUAAUCCAACCAUGUAAUAACUUUCAUGAACUAGGCAAUGGCAAGACAAAAUAAAAUAUAAAGUGUACUAUUAUUCAUUAUUAGUCACUUUAAAAACAGUAUAGGAAAUUUUUUUUAACCAACUGCUUUUGGAUUACAAACUAAUCACCAAGGUACCUGUUUUAAAAUGUAAAGGAACAAUUCAUAUUCACUUGGGAAUAGAAUUUCCUUAUACAUUUCUUAAAAUACUAUUCCCAUAGUUUAAUAUACAUAUUUUAUAAAUGAUUAAUUAGGCCCAAAUAUCUUUGUUUUAUUUAAUGCAGCGGCAUCUAAUAAUUUUUUGACCAGUAAAAUACGCCAUUGGCAUGAAGCUCUAUAAAUUACUUUUUUAGGAAUCAUAACUUUACCAAAGAUAUUUGUUCUACCCUUUCCUUUUUAAAGUUUCUUAUAUUUUUUUGAUUAACGUAUAGUAAAACUGACCUUUGUCAAUUUUGUAUCUAUGUGAAAGAAAUAAUGUGCUCAAAAUGCUUGCAGACAUCUCUGAGGUGGUCAGGUGAAGGAACACUUCCCAUAUCUGCUGCUUCCCACUGCUUGUUUCCUUCUUGAACAGGGAUGCCCUCUGCUGAGUGAUUUGUUCCUGGUACAGUUUCAUUGUUUUAACACGUGUAAAUUGUGCAACCACUGCUGCAAUUGGGAUAUGGAACAUCACCCCCCCCCCCCCCCCCCAAAUCUCCCUUAUGCUACUCUUUUGUAGUCAUUUUCUCCUAACUGCCAACAGUUCUCCAUUGAUAUAUUUUUGCCUUUUCUGGAAUGUCAUAUAUGGAACCGUAAAGUAUGCUCCCUUUUGAGAUGCUUCUUUCACCUCGCAUUAUGCCUCUGAGAUUCAUCCAUGUUGUGUGUAUCAGUAGUUCAUUCCGUUUUUUAUUUCGAAUUGUCAAUACAUGUUAAUUUUCUUGCUAUCACUAGAUGAGCAGUUUAAACAUGGGUAGCUGUUAGUGUCCCCUUAAUUUUUAAUAAUAACUUUUCAUUAACAUUAACAUGGUUUUAUUUACUGUGUUGACAAAAAUCUUAACCAUCUUUAGAGUUUUAUGGGGUAUUUCCAGAAGUGUGCCAAAAGCAAAACCACAACUGCAUGGUUAUUUUACUGAGAGUAAUAUUUCAGAUUGUGUGAUGAGCCAUUGCUCUCUAAUAUCCUUGUCUACGUGUAACACAAGACUUUUUGUUGUCAUAACAAAUUAAAAUACAUUGCAGGGCAAAUCAUACUAUCUAAAAGACAGGAACUACUUUUAGUAAAGAGGCCUGACUGGAUGUUUUAUUCCUCUUAUACUCACCUCAGCUUUAUGUACAAUUUCUGCUAUCUUGAGUGUCUGUUGAAGUCCUUCCAUGUUUUACUAUGUAGUAUGCUUUGUACCAUUUAUAAGAAUUUUGGGAUAAUCACAUGUUGAUUGCUAUAAAUGUUAAUUAUCUUUUUUGUGAUACUUGUGAAAAAUAUUUUUUCUAUAGAAUUUUAACUCUGGAAGAGACUUUAAAGAAUUCAGCUCUCAUAUUAGAUAAGAAAGUCGACUGCAUGACCCCCCAGGUCACCAGUUAAUGUCAUUGGAUAGGUCACCUCUUCCUGAGCGUCUCUUAAAUUUAUAUGCAAAAUAAUAACUUUGAUAUUGUUAAUUUGUAAGGUCAUUUCCAUGUCUAAAAUUAUGUGAUUUUGUAUUUAGAUCUUCACAGUUCCUGACAACAAAGAAGAGGGGAAAGAAAAGGCGAGUUCGGUGUCUUUACAAAUGUUGCUAUUUGCGUGCUCCAUUGGAGACGUAAUUUUUCAAAAGCAAAUGAUGUUUUUCUUCUUCUACUGGAGAACAUGAUAACACAGUGCUUAAUUUUCUUUCCCAUUUGAUCUAUGAUUGGCCAUUUGUAGGCAUGAAAACAUUUUUCUAUCAGAAAUAGUUUGUGAUUGAAAUAACUUUUUUUAUUUUUGCUUCCUAGGGUGAAAUUUUGUUGGGGAGGGAUGCAGAUAAGGGUGGGUGAACAAAUAGUAGUAAACUUUUUUGGGGGGUGGGGGUUGUUGCGGUUAUUUUUAGGAAUUCUCUAUCUUUGAUGUUUCAAGAGAAUUAUGGUUGAACUAUGUUUAAGUUUUAUGUGUGCCUUGUAAGUAAGGUUCUUGUGAAAUUUUUUGUACGCACUUUGAGAUUUUUGUGUGGGGGGAAGGGGUGUUUUGUGAAAGUGAUGGUUGUUAUUUAUUAUUAUUUAUUCCUGUUCUAUUAGCACAGAAUGAUCUCAAAACAUUUCUAGCAGAAUGUCUGUUUGCAUGAUAUGCUUAAACAAUUUCAGGAAAAUCUUUUUGAAAAUGCAGGUAUGACAAAGUAAAAUGUUGAAUUUAUUCAUUUAAAACAUUCACUUUUAGUUGUGCUUUGAUAUGAUGGAAAAUGCAGUAUGUUUAUCUUCAGCCUCUUCAUUUACUGCAUUUUUGUAUAAAAGGUUUUGGAAAGGUAGUUGUUACUUGGGUGUAAGAGAAAAUCCUUUCCCUUUUUCCUUGGAUGUAACUAUCCUAUAUGUUUACAUAAAUAAUAAACUGGAGAUGGGAAUGGA